UUUAUUUUAAAGGAAGUUAUGGGGGAAACAAACUCGGCUUUAGUAGUCAUUGUUAGAAGUAAAUAAUAUUUUUUUUUUUAUUUUGCAUCAGAAACUUAGUACUUUGACCCAACUUAAUCGAGAUUACACUCUAUAUUCAUUCAAACUACACCACACAAAGCUAACAAAAAGAAAAAAACAACAACACUUUAGGCAAAUAUCCAAACUACAUAAAUUACAGAACAAAGAGAUGAUUGCAUUAUGACUUAUCCGCUGACGAAAAUAAAGAAGUUAGAUUAAACGUUGCUACAUUAACUUUUAGUAACGUUGGCAGCGAUUAGAAAUUUCAUUUCUGUUAAGCAUUAGUAGAAAAACGAUAAUCGCCGGAAACAUUUGGACUAACGUAUAUUUUUAAUCACGUGUAUAUGAGGAAAUUAGAUCACAUUUCAUUACAAGCAUGACUUCCCAACUGGCUCUGUUGAUAUUCCUCCUGACCUUUGGGAUUAAUUCUUCUACAAGGUUUCCAAGUUUUAAGUAUUUGAGCAGCAAAGUUUCACCCGAGGAUCAGGCAGUGACUGCUAAAGGUGUUCUACAGCGCCUCAUUCCCAAUCGUGCCAAUGAAUUCAACAUACAUGUGGAUCCUCAGCUGGAAGAAGAUGAGAAAGAUGUCUUCACCCUCGUAACAGACCCUGCUACUGGAAAGUUGAAUAUCUCAGGAAAUACAGGUGUAGUUGCUGUCUGGGGUUUCUACCACUACUUAAAGUAUCAUUGUGGAUGCCAUGUUGCUUGGGGUGGUUCACAGCUUAAAAUACCUAAGCCUUUACCUGUAAUUCCAGCUCCUGCUCACAAGAUGAAAUCAAAUGACAAGUUUCGCUAUUAUCAAAAUGUCUGCACAGUCAGUUACUCUUUUGCUUGGUUCAACUGGACACAAUGGGAAACUCACAUUGACUGGAUGGCUUUGCAUGGCAUUAACUUCCCUCUUGCUUUCACUGGACAGGAAGCUAUCUUUCAAAGAGUGUUGAUAAAGUUGGGAUUUUCGCAAGCUGAUAUUGAUGGUUUCUUUGGAGGCCCAGCUUUCCUUGCCUGGUCUCGUAUGGGGAAUAUCCAAGGUUGGGGUGGUCCACUGCCACAAACCUGGAUCAAUGACCAACUGGCUCUGCAACACCGCAUUCUUGAUCGUAUGAGAAAGUUAGGUAUGGUCCCUAUUUUGGCAGGGUUUGGAGGUCAUAUGCCAGCCAGCAUCACUAAACUCUAUCCUAAUACAACAGUAACAAAAUCACCAAACUGGAGUAAAUUUAAACAACCUUAUACUGGUAUCUACAUCAUAGACUUCCAAGACCCCAUGUUUAAUACAAUUGGGAAGAUGUUAAUUGAAGAGACCAUUUCGGAGUUUGGAACCAAUCACGUUUAUGCUGCUGGAACAUUUAAUGAAAUGAGACCAAAGUCAAGUGAUCCAUCUUACUUGAAAAAGUCUGGUGCUGCUAUUUAUAAUUCCCUGAUUGCUGCUGAUCCUAAAGCUAUUUGGUUAAUGCAAGGAUGGCUUUUUCAAGAUGCAAGUUUCUGGAAACCUCCACAAGCUAAAGCUCUUUUAACAUCAGUUCCACAGGGUCGUAUGAUUGUCUUAGACUUGUUUGCUGAAGUUAGUCCAAUGUGGAAACGGCUUGAUUUCUUUUAUGGCCAACCGUUUAUCUGGUGCAUGCUCCAUAAUUUUGGUGGCACGAUGGAUUUAUAUGGUGACUUGGAAAGUGUCAAUGUGGGUCCAGCAAAUGCACGUUCUCCUGCAAACAGUUCAAUGAUUGGAACAGGACUCAGCCCUGAAGGGAUAUUCCAGAAUUAUGUAAUGUACGAGUUCUUGUUAGAUGAAUCUAUGUCAAUGGAUUCCUCGGUUCGGAACAUCAGUAAAUGGAUUUCAGGUUAUGUGUCAAGACGUUAUGGUACCACAAAUCAGUUGAUCGACUCUGGCUGGCAAUUGUUGCGAAAUAGUGUUUAUAACUGCACAGAUACCCAUAGACAUCACAGGAAUUUAGGUAUUGUGAGACGCCCAACAUUACAUAAGAAAGACAGAUCAAGUAUUUACAAUUGUACCACUGGUAUCUCAGAUGGUGGAUGGAAUGUGGUUUAUGUACAAAGACCCAAAGUAAUGAUUCGAAAAGAAGUACUAUGGUAUGAUCCUGAAGUAUUGUACUCUGCCUGGGACCAUUUUGUUGGUAGUUCCAUGUCCAUGAAUUCAUCCCUCUUCCGGUAUGACUUGGUUGAUGUGACUCGAAACAGUCUUCAGAUUCUUCACUAUUUCCUCUAUAAGAAAAUGGUUGAAAACUACAUCACAAGGGAUCUGAAUGCAUUUACUGGCACGAGUCAAAGUUUGUUAUCGCUGAUUCUAGACUUAGACACACUGUUAUUGUCAGACUCACACUUUUUGCUUGGGAAAUGGCUUGAAGAUGCCAAAUCUCUUGGCUAUACAGACCGAGAGAAGAAACUUUAUGAAUAUAAUGCACGAAACCAAGUAACACUAUGGGGACCAGAUGGAGAGAUUGUUGAUUAUGCCAGUAAACAGUGGUCAGGUUUAUUGAAAGAUUACUAUUACCCUCGAUGGAAGUUGUUUGUGGAUAUGUUAAAGGCUGACCUCACUAACACUACUUCAUUUAGUCAAGCAAAAUAUGAUCAACAAGUACUGGAAACAGUUGAGAAACCCUUUACAUUUGACCAUUCAACUUACCCCACAGAACCACAAGGUGACAGCUUGAAACUAGUGAGGAAUCUUUAUACCAAGUACCGACCAAUAACAAUACAACUUUUAAAAAAAAAGUCCUAUUAUUGAAUUUCACUU